AUGGCAUCAAAGAGCAGACCAAGUUUCAAGGAUCUACCAUUAGACAAGAAUGGCCCAACAGGCAACGCUUGGGGUUUAUGGGGUCCUGAUGACCAACUCGGAACUCUCAAUCUUCUCACAGAUGAAAUCGUCGGCCGUGCCGCGAAAGAAGAGAUCCGCACUGGGGCAAGAAUAUCGCUAAAUUGGUCAUUGACCGGACCUUCGAACCCAAGAUUCCCUCGCAAGAUACUCGAAAUAAAGACUACCAACAAGGCUCCGCUUAAGCAUGCUCACGACGACGAAUGGACAUUCAAUUCACAAGCAUCAUCGCAAUGGGACGGAUUCAGACACUAUGCAUAUCAAAAGGAAGCGCUGUACUUCAUGGGCCGAACAGCUGAAGAAUUUGCCGCGUCCCCAGAGCCAAACGGUAUCCAGCAUGUAUCCAAAAAAGGCAUUGCUGGCCGUGCUAUUUUGGUAGACUGGUACUCCUGGGCUCAAAAGAAAGGCAAGAGUGUAGACGCGACAUCCGACCAAGCAGUGCCAUUUUCCGAUAUAGUCGAAGUCUUAAACCACCAAGGGAUGUCUCUAUCAUCAUUCCGACCUGGAGACAUUGUAUUCUUCCGACUUGGUUAUAUCGACCAGUACGAAAACAUGAGCGACGAGAAGCGCAAUACGCUUAACGAACGCUACAAGACGCAAAAGCCUGAGAACAUCGGUAUCCAAGCAUCCAGAGAAUUUCUGGAGUUUCUGUGGGAGAAUCAAAUCGCAGCGGUUGCAGGUGACUCACGUGCUUUCGAAGCUUGGCCAUGCAAGGAGCUUGAGUGGCAUCUUCAUGAGUGGCUCCUUGCUGGAUGGGGAAUGCCGAUUGGAGAAUUGUUCGAUCUCGAGGAGCUUAGUCGACAGUGCACUGCUCAGAACCGAUACACCUUCUUUCUUUCUAGUUCGCCGAUGAAUGCGCCUGGAGCUGUAGCAAGUCCGCCGAAUGCUCUUGCAUUCUUCUGA